CUGGAACGAAGACACGAGUUAUGAGCUGUCUAAUCGGAGCACUUGGAAAUUUUAGUCUCGUUGCUCUCUUUAUUACAACAAUGUUUUGUAAAAGUCGGCAGGCGAUCGUUACAUCCAAUAUUUAGACUCGUACAUACGGAAGAAGAAAAAAUGAAGAGGAUCGUUGGAUAGAAUUCUCUUAGAUAGGAAAAUUCGUUCACUGUAUAUGUUUAAAACAUGAAUUUAACUGAUAUAAUUAGUUUUCAGGGAAUAGAACUCCAUUUACAUAUACAGUAUACAUUUAUCAAACUACAUUUGAUUUCUUAAUGUAUGCAGAAUAUUUUGUUUUUAUCUCUCAUAAUCUAAUCUUACUAAACAAAAUAUCUAAUAAAUUAAACUUUGAGCACGAUGAUAUCAACACAAUAGAAUAAACCCACUAUUAAAUCGUUGUUAUAAUUCUGUUUAUUUAAGUAUGGAAGUACCAAAAGAAUGGACAUUAAAAAAUUCAUUAUAUUCACUACUUAUUGCAGUAAUUCUUAUCUAUCUCAUUCGUUGGCUAUUAAGAAAACAUAAAAAUUAUCCUCCCGGUCCUAUUGGAUUGCCAAUUGUUGGAUACUUACCGUUUUUAAGUAAAGAUGCUCAUGAAAAAUUAUGUAAACUACAGAAAAUAUACGGAGGAAUAUUCGGUUUCUAUUUAGGUAGUAAAUAUACGGUUGUUCUAAAUGAUUAUUCUUCCGUGAAAGAAGGUUUAAAUAAUCCAAAUCUUUUCUCUCGACCCCCAAAUUUACCACUCGACGUUUUAAAUGAAUUUGAUUCGACCAAAACUGGAUUCGGUGGUAAGUAUUGGAUAGAGCAACGUCGGUUCAUGUUACACGUAUUACGUGAUCUCGGAUUCGGCAAAAACAAAAUGGAGGGAUAUAUUACGGAAGAACUAUCACACUUUAUCAACGAGUUGAAAGCUUUAAACGGCAAACCUUGUAUAGCGAAAGAAUUGACGAUUCCGAGUGUAUCCAAUGUAAUUUGUUNUAUAUAUACCUUUUUCAUUAG